AUUCUAACUUGCCUUUCCUCCACUCUCCCAAUCCCCGAGCCCCAAGUCUCGGCUUUAGCACGUUAUCCGUACCCUUCUCCCGAAUUUCUACAUCUUUCCCUAUUGUUUUGUUCCCCCCACCAACUGGUUUUCACCGCUGUUGGCCUUACCCCUUCUCUCUUUGGUCAGAGAUAUCAUUGGUUCCCUGCCACUUACAGUAUUCGCACUAGCACGAAUAAUAUACCCUUCAACCAAACCCUUCUUUCCCUCCACUUGUCUCCACCUUUCACCCCACCUUCCCUCCUUGCACCCCUCUACCACGACCACCGCCACCACUCCUACUAACCAUACACCCGCAACUAUCGCGCCCCUCCCUUGAAAAUCCUUCCUCGUGGCAGCGUUCAGCUAUAACACAAAGAUGCUGCAAUCGCAGCAGCAGCAGCAGCAGCAGCCGAUCUUUCAGAACCACCAGCACUUUCAGCCACAUGAUCAGAACAAUUGGCAUCAUGCAGCCCAACAGCAGCAGGCCCAGCAGCAGCAGCAGCACCACCAACAGCAACAGCAACAGCAACAGCAACAGCAACAGCAACAGCAACAGCAACAGCAACAGCAACAACCUCAGUUUGGCAUGCCUAGUAGACCUAUGUUAACACCUUCGCAGCCUUCUCCCGCUCCGAAUCCGCAGUUAUCCUUGAUGGGUGUUAGAGCUGGGACCGAGGAGGAUCCUAAGGUUUACGGGUGGAUACUUGAGUUGAUGCAGGGCACUAAUAGAGAGGCUGCUCUGCUGGAGUUGAGCAAGAAGAGGGAGCAGGUGGACGAUCUUGCGCUGAUUCUUUGGCACUCUGUUGGUAUGAUUUGGGCUUUAUAUCCAUGUCUGGGGUGGGGGCUAGGUUGUCUAGGGACUAGGAUUUACUGAUUGCGGCGUACGUGUACUAGGUGUUAUGACGGCCUUGUUACAGGAGAUCAUCUCCGUGUAUCCGCUGCUCAUGCCCUCCAGCCUUACCGCCGCUGCCUCUAAUCGCGUGUGCAACGCCUUAGCCCUGUUACAAUGUGUUGCGUCACAUAAUGAUACCAGAGGACUCUUUUUGAACGGUCGGUACUGCUCGUCGGGGUGCUGAGGAGUGAGAUGACUUGCUAACCAAAAGGCCUUGUAGCUCAUAUCCCUCUUUUUCUAUAUCCGUUUUUGAACACUACGUCAAAGUCUAGGCCAUUUGAGUAUUUGCGUCUUACCUCAUUGGGUGUCAUUGGGGCCCUAGUCAAGAAUGAUUCCUCCGAUGUUAUCAACUUUCUCCUAUCUACUGAAAUUAUCCCCUUGUGUCUUCGCAUCAUGGAGACUGGGUCCGAGCUCUCCAAGACGGUCGCAAUAUUCAUUGUUCAGAAGAUCCUCCUCGACGACAUGGGACUAGCCUACAUCUGUCAAACUUACGAACGCUUCUAUGCCGUCGGAACUGUCUUGAGCAACAUGGUCACCCAGCUCGUGGAUCAGCAAACGGUUAGGCUACUCAAGCACGUGGUUAGGUGCUUUCUUCGGUAUGUCUCUGUCCUCUCUUCCCUCCCUUUCUUCCUUUCCCUUUUUCCUUUUGUCCAUUCAGGUGGUGAGUGGGAUUUCCUGACUCUCUACGCAAAUUACUGACCCCAUUAUUGGUUUACUGAAAAAUAUAGCUUGAGCGAUAACCCCCGUGCUCGCGAAGCUCUCAGACAGUGCCUUCCAGAGCCGUUACGUGACGCAACGUUCUCUUCAGUUCUUCGUGACGAUGCAGCGACAAAGAGAUGCCUUGCCCAGCUCUUGAUCAACCUUUCGGAUUGUGUUGUUGAAUAAGACGGCAAUCCAUUAACUGCCUACCCUCGUACCUCUUAUCCAUCCUAUAAGCCCUCAAUGAAUGCACAAAGAGAAAAAAGAAAAAAGAGAGAAAGAAAGAACAGCAUCGAUAAACUAAUAAAGGCACAUGUACGAAUAAUGAAGUGCAGGAAAAAAAAGAAAAACAAAAAAAACAAAAAAACAACAACGGAAAACUGGAUAUCGUUAUAACAGUUAAUAUCGGAUGGGUAUGAUGAUACCUUUGGAAGAGGAAGCAAACCCGAGUUUUGAGAUAACCACGACGACUAUGACGGCUAGGAUUUGUAAACCAGAAUUUGUGCCCUGUUUUUUUCCUUUUCGUUGCUUUCCCUCUUUUACACCCUUGUUACCUUCUUAGCUCACCUAUCUCUUCUCAUUGGCUCCAAACCUAAACAUUCAAAAAAGUAUUUUAAUAUUGUUGCCCGCCCGCUCUCUUGGACUCGGGAGCACAAUAAUAAUUCUUCCUUUCUUCGUGUCAGGUUUCUCCUACUUUAUUUACUUUUUGACUUUGACACGAUUCUUUCUUACGGUGUUCCAUCAUUUCAUUUCAUUUCCAUUUUUACGGGUCUGGUCGGGUCUGGUUAGGAUUUUUCCCUUUUUUUCCUUUCUUGUUCUUUUGUCACGGUGGGUGAGGCGAACCGAAGGAUGGAGGAAUGGACGAUUGGCAUGCGUGGCUGAUUGUUAUUAGUAUAUUGCGGUACAUAGGUUUGUAAAUAGUUUUUUUUUUUUUUUGAAAAAAGUGUGGUGGUACUUGGGUGGUUAUACUGGAGAUUGUGAAGGAGGGUGAAAUGGUGAUGGAGGAGAAGAGAAGAGAGUGUAUUUUUAUUUUUUGCAGAGUAGUAAUUUUAAAGCUUGGUGCGGCGACGCUUAUGAUUGUUGUUUACCGUGGUUGGUUGGUUGGUGAUGAGGGUGUUGUGAUAAUUGGUGACUCUUGCCCCCCACCCAGCCCCAUUCACCAGACCACGUAGACUUCAAGAACCCACCCUCCCAUAAUACCUAUCAAAGACAUAGUACAGUAUUCGUACUGUACAGCCGCCUUCAUACCCGUCCAAGCAAACCCCCAGUCUUCGGAAACACUUGGCUGGCCCUCACUUCCCUGUCUAUUUCUCAGACAGCCAGAUCAUGAUAAAAUCCUACGGGUUCCCUAGAGGCGUGACCUGGGUACAAUUAUCGGAAAAAAAAAUUCUUUGCCGUUGAUAUAUAUAUAGUUCCCGAGAUGCGGGUGGUUGCAAUUGCUGGUGUCUAGUAGCUAAACACUCAAUAUUUUCCAUAUGAUACAUAGAUAGGAUAUUGCCCUCCCUGUCCUAGAGAGAGACGCCCACACCCAACC